AAACCCGGAUCCCGCUCCAGCUGCGCGCUGUGCCUGUGCGCCCUCCGUGCGUCACAGCGCCGAGACUCCGUACAGACGAGAAGAUGUCCGGCACCAGGCAGCUGUCGGUGGCGUCGGUCCUGUGUCUGAGUGUCAGCUGGCUGUGGGCGGCCGGUGCCACGGCAGGAACCAGAUCGGUGAUCCUCCACAGCGCCCUGGAACGGGUCCCGGUCACGCUGAACGACAUGCUGCGGGAGGUGGAGGAGCUGAUGGAGGACACGCAACACAUCCUGGAGGAGGCGGUGGACCAGAUAUCUACAGAGAGUGCCAAAUCUUCUUUAACCUCACUGGAUCUGAACUACCACAACAAAACUGGAAAGGAUGGACGAAGUCUUCAGGUCUUCGACAAAACGACAAGGUACAAGCUCAGUUAG